GACACAGUACACUUCAUACGCAACCCAUACUAUUAACAUUAUAUUAACAGUAUGAACCAAACCACUAAACUUAAUCCAAAAAUUUUUAAAUAUGGAUAUGAGUAUACCAUUUUAAGAAUAAAUAUAACAAAUAUUCGUUGGAAGUGUUCAAAAGUGACUUGUACGGGUAAAGUUACUACAAACCUUCAUGAACCGUUUAUAUUAUUUACAAAAUUUACUGAUCAUAACCACGAUCCGAGUGAUUCAAUAUUGAAGCUGAAAAACCUUGCACUAACUCAAAUGAAAAGCCGAGCUAUUAAUAGUAGAGAAUCGACAAAUCAAAUUCUUCUGUCUGUAACUCAUGAAAAUAAUGAAGACGUACGUAAUAAAAUAGGAAAUAUGGAUUCUAUACGUAGAACUAUCCGUCGAGCACGUCGUAAAAAUGUUCCUGAAGAACCGAGAAGCAUGCAAUUUGUAUUGCCUGAAAAAUGGAAAACAACUAUGGGUGGUGAGUCAAACCCAUUUUUAAUUUACGACAACGUAAGUGAAAAUAGAAUGUUGAUAUUUGCAACUUCUCGAGCCUUAACUAUAUUAUCAUCAGCCUCACUAUGGUUUAUGGAUGGAACUUUUAAAUGUUCGAGUGUUUUUGCUCAGUUAUACGUUAUUCGAGCUGAACUUGAAGAUAACGUAUUUACAUGUGUUUAUGCUUUCCUCCCAAAUAAAUUACAAACAACGUACGAAGAAAUGCUUACAAAUGUUAUUUUAGCAUCUAUUCGGAACAGGUCUCCGGUUAAACCUGAAACAAUUAUUAUUGAUUUUGAAAUAGGAGUUAUAAAUGCCAUUAACCUAGCUUUUAAUCAAGUGAAAAUUCAGGGCUGCUUUUUCCAUCUCUGUCAGAGUGUAUGGCGACAAAUACAACAUUUAGGAUUAUCUAAAAUGUAUAGGGAUAACAAAGAAAUUGCAAAACAAUGUAAAAUGGUAACAUCUUUAGCGUUUUUGCCAGUCGAAGAAAUACCUAAUGAAAUAGUCAAUAUGUAUUUAACUUUUACUCAAGAACUAUUUCCAUUAAUAUCUUAUUUUGAUUCAACGUAUAUUAGCGGUAAGAAUGGUACACCUAGAUUCCCUCUUCAAAUUUGGAAUGUCAGACAUCAAACGAUUAAUAAUUCACAUAGGACAAAUAAUUUUAGCGAAGGUUGGAACAGUUCAUUCAAUAAAUUGGUUGGAUCGGCUAAUCCAAGUUUCUGGAGUGUUUUGCGAUCUUUGCAAUUGGACGAAUGUGCUAGUCAUUUAAACAAAAAUAUAAGAAAAAAAAAUCGAAAUACACAAAAAAAGUUUCACGAAGCCUGUAAACAGCACGAAAAUAAAAUAAUUACUAACACACAGUUACUAGAAAUAAUUUGCCAUACUUUUAAUUUUUAAAUUUAUAUACGAGUAUUAUGACUAAUAUUUGACGGUGGACUUUUUUUAAAUUCACGAAGCCUGUAUAUAGCACGAAUUAUU